AGGGAGUGUCCAUUUCACGCAAGUCUGCUCUUACCCCAUCCUCCUGCCAUCCUACCAGGGAUAGGGUUCCAUUUGUCCUCACCUACCACCCCACCAGCCUCCGCGUCCAGCAUAUAAUUCUCCAGUACUUCUGCCAUCUCCAAUGGGAACCCACUACCAAGUGCAUCUUUCUCUCCCAGCACCCCGCCUCCCACUUUCUACUUUCCACAGGGAUUGCUCCCAAUGAGACUCCCUUGUCCAUUCAUCCCUCCCCACUGAUCUCCCUCCUAGCACUUAUCCUUGCAAGUGGAACAAGUGCUACAACUGACUCUACACCUCCUCACUCACUACCAUUCAGGGCCCUAAACAGUCCUUCCUAGUGAGGCAACAGUUCACCUGUGAGUCUAUUGGGGUUAUAUACUGUGUCCGGUGCUCCCUGUGUGGCCUCCUGUAUACUGGUAAGACCUGAUGUAGAUUGGGAGACCACUUUGGUGAGCAGCUAUGCUCCUUUCACUAGAAGAAGUGGGAUCUCCCAGUGGCCAUCCAUUUCAAUUCCACUUCCUAUUCCCAUUCUGAGAUGUCACUCCAUGGCCUCCUCUACUGUCACUAUGAGACCAUACUCAGGAUGGAGGAACAACACCUUACAUUCCAUCUGGGUAGCCUCCAACCUGAUAGCAUGAACAUCGAUCUCUCGAAAUACCCAGAGCCUGGCUUGACACCAACCUACUAUACCCUCUACUGUGCCUACUGUCUUGUUUAUUAUUUAUUAUUAUUUAUUGUAGUGCCUGCACUGUUUUAUGCACUUUAUGCAGUCCUGGAUAGGUCUGUAGUCUAGUGUAGUUUUUGUGUUUUUUUCUUACGUAGCUCAGUGUAGUCUUUGUAUUGUUUCAUGUAGCACCAUGGUCCUGGAAAAUGUUGUCUCAUUUUUACUAUGCUCUGUACCAGCAGUUAUGGUUGAAAUGACAAUAAAAAGUGAUGACUUGACUUGACUUAAACUUCCAGUAAUGCCCUCUUCACCAUUCUCCAUCCCCUUUUCCCUCUCUCACCUUAUCUUCUUACCUGCCCAUCACCUCCCUUUGGUGCUCCUACCUUCUUUUCCUUCUUCCAUGGCCUUCUAUCCUCUCCUCUUUCUUCAGGAUUGUAUCUCUUUCACCAAUCAACUUCCCAGCUCUGUACUUCAUCCCUCCCCCUUCAGGUUUCACCUAUCACCUUGUGUUUCUCUCUCCCCUCCCCACACCUUUUAAAUCUACCCCUCAUCUUUUUUCUCCAAUCCUGCCAAAGGGUCUCAGCCCAAAACGUCGACUGUACUUUUUAACCAUAGACGCUGCCUGGCCUGCUGAGUUCCUCUAGCAUUUUGGAUGUGUUGAUUUGUACAGGCUGUUUUUUGGCAAAGGUUUGCUUGCAACACAAUGGCAAGUCCACGAUGGAUCACCGCAAGAAAGCCUUCACUGAAUCCUUUGAGCAGCCUCCAAUAUAUGUUCCUGUCCUCACCUACAUGGGCUAUGGAAUUGUGACCUUGUUUGGAUAUUUGAGGGACUUCCUGCGUUCCUGGGGCCUUGAAAAAUGUUACGCAGCGCAGGAGAGAAAAGAGCAAAAGGAUUUUGUGCCGCUUUAUCAAGACUUUGAAAAUUUCUACAAAAGAAAUCUGUAUAUGAGAGUGCGUGACAACUGGAACCGUCCAAUCUGCAGUGUGCCUGGCCCUACAUUUGACUUGGUGGAGAGAGUCAGCGAUGAUUACAACUGGACUUUCAGAUACACAGGACGAGUAAUUAAGGAUGUGAUAAACAUGGGCUCUUAUAACUACCUGGGUUUCGCUGAAAACAAAGGGGAAUCCUUGAACUCUGUGGCAGAGGUAACAAUGACGUAUGGAGCAGGAGUGUGCAGUACAUGGCAGGAAAUGGGUAACCUUGACAAGCAUAUUCAGCUUGAGGAACUAGUCACGCAGUUUUUGGGAGUAGAGGCAGCGAUGACCUUCGGGAUGGGGUUUGCCACUAAUUCAAUGAAUAUUCCAGCCCUGGUUGGCAAGGGUUGCCUUAUUCUAAGCGAUGAGCUAAACCAUACUUCUUUGAUUCUUGGCGCUCGUUUGUCAGGGUCCACUAUCAGAGUAUUCAAACACAACAAUAUGCAGAGCCUGGAGAAGCUGCUACGAGAUGCAGUGAUCAGUGGGCAGCCCCGAACCCGGAGGCCCUGGAAGAAAAUCCUAAUUCUCGUGGAAGGAGUUUACAGCAUGGAGGGUUCGAUGGUGCGUUUGCCAGAGGUUGUAGCCUUGAAGAAAAAAUAUAAAGCCUACUUGUACUUGGACGAGGCGCACAGUAUAGGAGCGGUGGGGCCCACAGGCCGUGGUGUGGUUGAGUAUUUUGGAGUUGAUCCCAGAGAUAUUGAUGUAUUGAUGGGCACCUUUACCAAAAGCUUUGGUGCAUCUGGCGGAUACAUUGCUGGCAAGAAGGAGCUUGUGGAUUAUUUGCGAAGGUAUUCACACAGUGCUGUCUAUGCUACCUCAAUGCCUCCUCCAAUAGCAGAACAAAUUAUCAGAUCACUAAGGUGUCUCAUGGGACUUGAUGGAUCAACAAUAGGUAUCGAGCGAGUGAGGCAGCUGGGUGUGAACACCCGAUACUUCAGGCAGCGCCUGCAUGAGCUGGGUUUUAUCACCUAUGGCAACGAUGACUCCCCCGUCGUACCCCUGCUCUUGUACAUGCCCGGCAAAGUAGGUGCGUUUGCCAGAAGAAUGCUACAGAAGAACAUUGGAGUGGUGGUGGUUGGGUUCCCUGCCACUCCCAUCGUCGAAUCCCGUGCUCGCUUUUGCUUAUCUGCGGCCCACACACGUGAGAUGUUGGACACAGUGUUGGAUGUCCUUGAUGAAAUGGGUGACUACCUGCAACUCAAAUACUCCAGACGGACACCUUCCAUUCGACCUGAACUCUAUGACGAAUCCAACUUUGAGCUGGAAGACUAAGCCCCCUCCAGAGCACAGAAUAAGAGCUAUGUGGUGAAUUGCAGGUACACAGCUCUGUUCCCACUAAGGGAUACAACAUGCACAUCUCCUCUUUAACAAGCACGAAUUAGAGGAAAGAAAAGGGAAGACGAGGAGUCAGCAUUGGCAUCAUAAACUUUUCGAGCAUACCAAGCAAAUAAAGCAAGGGCAUGGUGAAACACUGGUAACAGACUGCCCACGCAUAUCCUCUUGUAUAAGGUGUUGGUAUUGUGGGGAAGAGGGAAGAGGGGAGAGGGCCUGGGUGGUCGGCUAGGGUGGGGAGGAGUUCAGGCAACUGCAUUGGUGAGAUGACAGAAAAUCUCUGAAAACCUUGUUUGACAUCCUGCAGCUGUUCUUUCUGCGGAUGUUUUUGUUUCAAUCACCCUUUUUGCCUUUUUGGAGUUUUUUUUAAAAUAUAUUUUAAAAAAUAUACAGUUGCUGUUACUCCAAGCAAGCAUUUAAAAUGUAUAUCUUUGUCUGUGAUUAUUGCAAUAAAUAUUCAUUCAUAAGUUAGCCAAAUGUUAUACUCAAGACAAUUUCAGGUGGGGUUUAUGUUGGAUUUCAAAUCAUAUGCACUAGGAUCUUUAGGCUGAUCUGAGCUCAGUCUGUAGAGUGGGGAGAAGUUGAUGGGGGAAUAGUUGCCAAAGAUGAAUUAUCUAAUCAUAUGAAAUUUUGUUGAAAUGUUAGUGGAGAAAAUUAUAUAUGUAAAUACAGAAAUUAUAAUUUUGUAAAUCUUUUCUGGAGCUCCUUUUGAGACUCCUUUAAAAUAUUGUCCUUGGAUGUUUAGGUGCUUAUUUGGUAUGUUAGUGUUCCAACAGUGUGGUUUAUGUAAUUUUUAAAAAUGUGGAAUUCUUUCUGCCAACAGGAUUGUAAUAUUUAUAAUGAAAAAUGUUUUGAGGGGAGCAGAAAGAAGGAUAAAUGCUGCAGCUAUCUACUCAUGGUUAUGACAUUUUAAUUUUAGUAACUUCAUUGUUAGUUUUGUAAUGUUACCAUCUUGGUUUGUGCCUGCUACAUUUCCAAUGCCUUCACAGUCCAUUUCCAGCUGUUGGGGUGAGGGCACUGCACCCCUCGUCCUAGCUGUCCUCCUGACUACUAUUUCCACCUGAAGCGUUUUACGGGUAAGGCCUUGCUGGACAAAGAACAUAGGACCCUCCUGUCUUCUCAGGGAAAACCAAAGUCGGUGCUUUUAGUCCAGACACUGAUUCAAACCCAGCCAGCAGGAAUAUGAUUGUGGCAAUAUGAUUGCAUUCCCCUCUGAUUUCCAGGAUCACCCAGAACACAAGGUUGCCCAGGUAUCACAACAACAACUAGGCCCUGCACACGCGCCAACAACUAUACAGCCAGCAAUGAAGGAGUUCAAUAAUGACAGAGAGGAUUUUUAAAGUGAAAUAUGUUUUCUUUACUGCAAAUUUAGUUUGUCUUUUUUUAAACUAGUGUUUGCUUAUUUUUUAAGUUUUUAAAUGAUUAAUUUAAUUCCCUAUUAAACCCCAGGCUAGCUCAGUUCCUAGCACCAAUUUUCAAAUCAAGGUUUGUAGCUGCGUUUUACAAAGAGGACCUUACUGAAUUCAGCUAUAGUCAAAGGCCUUAACUGCAUUGUAAAGAAGACUCAGUGUCUCUAAUACACUAACUGAAUGAGUGGCCCUAAUUGCCCAUUUGAUUGUCUUAAAGAGUAUGGAAUCUGUUCUCACAACAAAGCCUCAACUCUAAUGUAUUCUGUCACCAGUAUCAAUGCCCACAUCAACUUGCACUGUGACAUUGACUCCAACUUGCACUCUCUUUCAUUUGCACUUUAAAAAGCUUGUGUUAAAUUAGGAGAGGCAUGAUUGAAAUUGCAGAUUCAUUAAUAACUAUUCGCUAUUCCUUUAAAAUCUCUAAGGAACAUGUUUUAACACCAUGCUUCGGCAGCAUAUGGCCCUGUUAACUAUCAGGACAUAUGGUACCAAGAAUUAACGGACUCUUCCUGUCAAGCCAAGGAGACUCUGGUAGUAUUUACACUGAAAACUUGUGUCACAUAUGACUUGACGCUUUGCUUUUCACUGUUUAUCUUUUGCUGAACAAGUGGAAAAAUUGCUCUCCAGGUACAAAAAGCCCAACGUUUGAAUGGUGUGACUCCCACUGAUCAGCACCUGGAAGUGCAAAUUAUGUUAAGUGGUUGGUGUUUAACAGUCCUUUUAAAUCACAGGCUAGGAACAAACCAUUCUCCCAAAUGGACAUUUAAAUGUUAACGUAGCUUACCUAUAGUGUCAGCUGUAUCUUGGCAGGGAGCCCUUUCACCUCUGAGUCAAAAGAUCCCAAGUUUGAGUCCCACCCCACCCCGCCAAAAGACUGGAGUGCAAAUAACCGAAUUGACGCUCUGUUGUAUUCCUGAGGAGGCACUGCAUUCUCGAAGGGACUGAUUUCUGAAUAAACUCUUGAAUUGAAACUAUCUGUCCACAGGUGGGCACAAAAGAUCCUAUGUCUGUAUGUCUGUAUCUCUAAGCCAUAUUGAUCAAAAAUACAAAUUAUAAAGUCAUUACUGCAUUGUCUUUUAUGGGAGUGUCCCAUCCUUCCGAAAUUACAACUGACAUUUCUGGAAGUAUUUUGAGGCUUCCUGAUGUUUUGAACGACGGUGUGUAAAUGCAGGUCCGGCUUCUCAGAAUUCAGGGAAAAAUAGGAAACACGUUCAUGGUAUGCCCAUAAUUACACGCACUGUGCAUGAAUUUGUUGCGUCAUAAAGAACUCAGUGAAUACAUAUGGAGCACUUAGAGAACUGAGAUAUGUGCGUGGCAACAUUGAGAGAAGUGUGGUGUUUUCUUCCAAUCGCGCAUUACAUCCUGACACCCAAGGGAAAAAAGAAUCUUCCUUGCCUAUUGUUCUGACAAAAACAAGUAUGUUUUAGCAACUCAGGGUCAAAUUAUGCCUGUAUCUGUACAAUGUCUGUGUUGCCAAAAUUAUAAUGCGUUGUUGAAAGCUUUGGAAUAGAUCUAGGGUGUUUUAUAUAAUCCCCAUUAUUUGUACUUCGGGCAUGGCUAUUGCUGGCAAGACCAACAUUUUUUUGUUCAUCCCCAAUGCCCUUGGGUUGAUAUUGUGGGGAGCUGGUACCUUGAAACAUUAAAUUCCUUGUGGAAUUUCCAGUUACUACAUUUGCUACAAGAUUUAAAACAAAAAUACCUUCAUAUUCACAGUCCCCUUCCCAAUUCCUAAUGGUCAUGAACCAAGUUGACCAAUUGGUAUAAAAAGAGGACUGAACUUUUUUUAAAGCAAAUUGAGGCCAAUAUUCUGGUCAUUUAAAAGGCAGGCCCUCGUCGUGCAAUCGGCUGACUUUCAGCUUCAUGAUGGUUCUGUUCUACUUCUCAUUUUGAUGAGCCCUUGUUUCCCAACCUACCUGUACUUUAAAGAACUGUGUCUUUUGAGAUGGGAGGACAUAAUGUUUAUAAUCCCUAACACUGCAUGUUUUCCAAGAAAUAAACAUUACUUACCCUGCUCAGUUUGCUGAAAUAAUUCAAUACUUACAAUUUUAAUUUAAUAUCUUAAUAUCUGCAAAUCUGAUCUCAUUUAUUCUCCUCUUAAUCACUAAAUUAGACUGGAGCUGAUCAAUGUUCAGGAUUUUAAACCGUAGAUUUGAGGGUUGAUAUGCAUAGGUUGGUGGGAAAUGCUGCAACUUCGUUUGAUAGAUGUAACAUGAAACAAGAGAGGGCUUAGAAAUUGGAUUUUCAGAUCUCAAAGGAGUACUCUCUUUUGUGGAAAAAAUGUUUGCUGAAAAUAUUCUCUUUAAGGUUGCUAAACCAUAAUAAAACACUAUAAAUCCCCUUUUUAAAGACAUCAUUUCCUCCUGCAGGUGUGAAAUUAUCAUAGAUAAAUUCACAGGGAAAAGAAGUUUUUUUGAAUGCCUUUGUUUUCACAAAGCCAAGGAAUUGCUGAGUUGAAUUUAGAGCCAGUUUUUACUUUGAAUAUGCCAUUCUCUAUGUGGCAUUGUGAGCAAAGUGGUAUGUUUUGUCCAUGUAUACUUGCUUGGCAUGCUCACUCAUCUCAUUAUUCUCCUGACGAAGCAGAGUUCUCCAUGGUUGAAGUCCAAAGAGUGCAGUCUCUGCAGUUACUUUUAAUUUUGUAGUUUUAUCCUUCGUAUUCUAAUUGGGACAUUGAAUUGGUGUUCUUGGGAAGGGCACUGAGAGAAAGGAUUAUAUUCUGCCUGCCCAAGGUGUUCAAUGAGCUGGAGGCAUAUUACCCUAAACUAUGGUAUCACAACAGCUUCAGUCUACCUAAAGGCAGUAUAGUUUGAGAGUUUGAUUGUCCAAGGUUCCUUGCAUCCAUCAAUGGCAACUCUUCCUGCCGAAGAGCAGGGAUAAAACUUUGAGGAUUUGAAGAAAUAUGUCCCAACUUAUUGUGGGAGAGUUUGUAACUGCAUGGUGCAACACUAAAAUUCAGUGCUUUGUAUUCAUCUGAUUGCCUCCAGCUUCUAUUUUGAGAUGGGUAGUUGGGGAAGGUGGGUUUCUAAGUGGCAUUAUUGAGUGAAUCCAAGAGGGCAUUACAAGAAUGAAUGUGACAUAUACCAACAGUUUGGUUCACAUUUUGAAUUCCCUAAGAAUACAAGCCUGAAGUCUGAAUCUGCCUGAAUACUUGUUGCUAACUUAAAACUUCUGUUCACGGGUCAGAUAAUUUGCAUCCCUAGUUUCCGGCAUGGAUUUUGACAAUUGACUGUUUGUUCUACUGUUAUUAUAUGCUAGGUUUAUAGGUAAUACACGAUGAGGAGAACUGGUAAGAUUGCCCUAAGCACUUCUGCAUGCACUUUUAACCUGUAAUUUCUAACCAGCUCCAGUGACACGGCUUCCUUGGCUGUGCCAAGCUCUUCCACGCUUCAUGAUUCAUUAGCCAUUUGGGAUUAAUACUAUUUUGCAAAAUUAGUCUGCAUUUCCAGGGCAUCUCGGUGCUGUUUUGAAGAGAUUGCUAUACCAUUGAAAAAAACUUAAUCCAACUAUACUUCUUAAAGAAAGAGUUUUCCUACUGAAUUAUUUUGUGAAUCUAUCCUUAAAGGUCAGGAUUAUAAAGCAAUAUGUGGGCAUCUAAUUGCUUCCAGCUUUCAGUUGAAGUGGGAUGAUUGGGAAAGAUGGGAUUCCAGAGAGGGUAAAUUGUGAUGUUCAAUCUAUUCAGGAUUGCACAGCAAGAAUUUACAUCACAUACACAGAAGAUUUGCCUUGCAAUUACAUGUUCAGUGUAGAUGACGACUGAUUGCUCUUUCUGAUAAACAACAAUAUCUGUUCAUCUGCAUGCACUGACAUAUAGGAAAUAGCAGUUUAAGAGCUCUCAGAAGUAACCCUGCAUGGAUUCAGCAGGUUGAUGGCUCUGUGGGUUGUUAACAGUGACUGGUGCAGAGUGGUUUGUAAAUCCAGUCUAUGUAUACUUUCAUGUACCUUGAAGUGCUGAUGAUAAAAGAUUUGUAUAUAUAUUAUAAAUACAUAGUAUAUAUAUGAAUGCCGACUGUGUUUUAAAAUAUAUAUAAUGUACAAAAUUUUUUUUCCCUUUUGCGAGGUCAGAAUUUAUAUAUAUAAAAUGAAGAUUGGCAUGUGUCAUAUCAAAUGUAUGGAACAAAUAAAACCCUUCGCAUUCCCUUAACUGGCCUCUUGUCUAUGAAUUCUCUUAACAGUCUCUGUAAAAUUACUGCUAUUAACUGGUAUGUUUAGACUCUUCUUUUUUUUUCUUAAUGGGUCCAAUUAAAAUAAUCACGAUGUAAGGUUGACUUCUUCUGCUCCGUUUAAUUGCAGAGUGAAAAAUAACUGGAUCUCAAUCCAGCUGCGAUUCUGCCUUUUGUGUUUAUGGGAAAAAACUCUUGUUUUGUAGUUUAACUAGAUAAUAAACAGAUUAACAGAAGAUUAAAGAACAUAUGAUCAUAUUCUGUAUGUAGUAAAUACUU